GUGAGUAUACAUAUAUGUGGCCAUUUUCACAACCCUAAAAACCCUGCACAUCCAUCUAAAGCAACACAGCCCGCCGCUUCCUUUUCUCCAUUUUCACCUGCAAUCCAUUCCCAGCAACCAUGGCGGAACAGACUGAGAAGGCAUUCUUGAAGCAGCCGAAGGUGUUUCUUUGCUCGAAGAAGUCGGGAAAAGGGAAGGCUCCGGGAAAGGGAGGCAAUCGCUACUGGAAGAGCAUUGGAUUAGGUUUUAAAACUCCACGCGAGGCCAUCGAAGGCACGUACAUUGACAAGAAAUGCCCCUUCACUGGGAGUGUAUCCAUCAGGGGCCGUAUCCUGGCUGGAACAUGCCACAGUGCUAAGAUGAUGAGAACAAUCAUUGUUCGACGCAACUACUUGCAUUGGGUCAAGAAGUACCAAAGGUACGAAAAGAGGCACUCAAAUAUUGCAGCUCACAUAUCCCCAUGCUUCCGUGUGAAAGAGGGUGACCAUGUUAUCAUUGGCCAAUGCAGGCCAUUGUCAAAAACAGUGAGGUUUAAUGUCCUUAAGGUGAUACCUGCCGGGUCAUCUGGUCGUGGGAAAAAGGCUUUUACGGGAAUGUGAUUCUAGGCAAUUAGAGCUUUUUGUCAAACUCCCAUGGGCUAUUGAGAUGUGGGUCUUGUGACUUACAUAACUUGUUUCCAUUCGGACUAUUUUACUUUACGCUUUCCUUUGGAGCUUGUACUUCGGAACGAUGUGUGGAGAAAAAUUUAUAUUUCAGUAUGCCAUUUGAUUUUUUUUUUCUUUUUUUCUUUUU